CCCGCGCUGGUGUGUUGACUACUCCAUAAUAAGUGGCGGGAGGCUUCAGUGCAUUGCAAAACUGUUAAACGUUAGUUUUAUUUAAAUACGGAGGAACCAUGCAGUUUCCAGGCAGAAGAAAAAAGCUAGAAGCCGGGACAAGGACCGAGCUUUACGGACACUGUCUACAGCUCUAUGGCCAGCCUCCCACUGAAAACAUUUCUCUUAACGAGUUCGAGACGUUUGCUGUGGACAGGUUGAAACUGCUGAAGACGGUGGAAAAUUUGGGAGUAAGCUAUCCAAAGACAAAUGACCAGUACACCAAGAAACUGGACAAUGAGAUCUCAACCCUACAGUUCCCCUACAGGGCGUAUGCUGAAGACAAGAAGCCCAAAACAGGAGCCAGUGAGUACGAGAAGAGGAGGAAGGAUCACAUCUCACACUUCAUCCUGCGGCUGGCCUACUGUCAAACGGAGGAUCUCAGACGCUGGUUCAUACAGCAGGAGAUCGACCUGUUCCGCUUCCGCUUCAACAAUCUGCCCUCCAAAUCCAAAACAGAGUUUCUGCAUCAAAAUAAUCUCCAUUACGAUACGAUCUCCAAGGAGGAGAAGAUUAGUCUGAAGGAGAAGCUGGUGAGCUCCAGCUAUACAGUCAGCGGCAUCACCGUGGAGGAGCAGGACAUCUACAAGGUGCCGUUCCAGGAGGCCCUGGAUCUGGUGCGCAGCAGGAGGGUGUACCUGAAGGCCGGCUAUGUCUACAUCCCCCACCAGGAUAUCAUCACCAUCGUGCUCAACGACUUCAGGACCAGGCUGUCCAAGGCCCUGGCGCUGACAGCACGGUCCCUUCCGGUGGUCCAGUCAGAUGAACGUCUCCAGCCUCUACUCAGCCACCUCAGUCAUGCCUACGUGGGCCAGGACUACAGCAUCCAGAAGAACAUCGGGAGGAUCUCCCUGGAGCAGAUAGACCCGCUCUCCUCCAGGUCCUUCCCCCUGUGCAUGCGGCAGCUCCACCGCGCCCUGAGGGAGAGCCACCACCUGCGGCACGGCGGGCGCAUGCAGUACGGCCUGUUCCUGAAGGGCAUCGGCCUCACUCUGGAGCAGGCCCUGCAGUUCUGGAGGUCAGAGUUCAUCAAGGGCAAGGUGGACACUGACAAGUUUGAUAAAGCCUAUGCCUACAGCAUCCGCCACAUGUUUGGGAAGGAAGGCAAGAGGACUGACUACACUCCCUACAGCUGCAUGAAGGUGAUUCUGUCAAACGCUCCCAGCCAAGGCGACCACCACGGGUGUCCAUUUCGUCACAGUGACCCUGAGCUUCUGAAGCAGAAACUGCUGUCCUAUAAGGUCUCUCCUUCUGGAGUCAACCAGAUCCUGGAGUUGGUGAAGGGGAUGCACUUUCAGCUCGCCUGCCAGAAGUAUUUUGAGCUGACACACAAUAUCGAAGACUCCGGCUUCUCACUCAACCACCCCAACGAGUACUUCCUGGAGAGCCAGAAGCUCCUGGGGGGGGGCAGGGAGGUGAAGAGAGAGCUGGAGCCCCCCAAGGGCCCCAGCGCCCCCCCCCCCCCCCCAGGGGGCCACCCCGGCCCCCCAGGCCCCGGCCCCCCAGGCCCCUCCAGAAAAGACCGAAGACCUGGAGUGCUUCUUCAUUGACGGCUGAGGGCACUGCUGUUGAGAAGUCACAUUUAGUCUGUCUACGGAGGAGUCUCCAAUGGAGAUGUAUUGACAUACAGUACAUACUGUAUAGCCUCUAUAUCUUUUCUUUCUUGUCUUUUUGUAAUUCAUCGUUUUUCCCUGAAGCAUUUUCCUAGUUGUUUUUAGUCGUUAGUUUUCGGAUAGUGUGCAGUUUCCAAGGCUCUCACUGUGUGGUGCAUUAGAGAAGCCAAGCUCCGACCUGACUGAACAUCACACACAAAUGCAUGUCUGAUUUCAUGCUCCAUUCCUGCAUCUCCAUUAGCCUCUGCCGGUGUGGAUGCCUGGUGGAACUGAUCAUGGAACCUUUCCUUCAGUUGUGUUCUGCUUGAAUCUGCAUGGCACUGGGGGAUUGAUCCAUUCGCCACCCACACUUCUCCACCUGCUCUUGAAACGCCUUCUAUCUAUCCUCUUCCUCCUCUUCUUCCUUGUCCUUCUCAUCCCCUUCCUGCUCCUCAUAUUCUUUUUCUC